AGAAAUUAUAUAAUUUUCAAAAGGAUCUCGCAUGAUUUUUGAAAACUAGAAUUCUUUCAAUAAUUUGUGUGUUUCAUGCAGAGGUAGAAAAGAUGUAUCGAUCGGGCAGCACGAACAGGUUUUCCGACGACCAUUUCAGCUACUAUGGGUCGUCGUCGCCGUCCUCGAAAGUCCCGACGGCUCUGAGGGCGCUGUCUGACGACAGCGGCAAUGAGCUGCCGAUGUACGAGCCGCUGUCGGAGGCAGCUAAGAAGGAAAAAUCGAGGGCCAAGUUUGCAGAGAAGGCCGUUCAUGCCAUCCCUUUUGUGCUUCUCCUAUGCGCUUUUAUCCUUUGGAUAUUUUCUAAUCCGGAUAUCAACUUAAGAGGAAGUUCAGUUGCAGAAGGAAUUCAAGGAAUGGCUAAUAAAGGUGACUUAGCCAGCGAUGAUACAGGCCAUUUACCUCUGCACCUUGGAGACUUGCCCCAUACCGCAAGAGACACCAAUACUAUUUUCUCACGUAAUAGAUCAUAACAUCACCAAUCCUUCUCUACCUAUCUCUCUUUGAUUCUCAAUUUCAUUUUAGCACUUUUUCAAGGUUUAUUUCAUAAAAUUCAGGCAGUUUUGUCGUGUUGCUCAAUCUAGUUUUAGACUAGUUGGUUAACAAUUGUCCAACUAUGUUGUGAAUGCGAAGCGCCCUAUUUGAGUAAUCAGUAAUGAAUUCUUUAUCUGCA